CUUCCCCUGUGUUGCGUGCGGUGCGGAGUUUCCAAGAGGAAAGGGAAGAAAGCAGAAUUUUUCCCCAUUCCAUUCCACUUCAUUCAUCAGAGGCCACCGAUCUCCAGCGGGACAGAUCCACCUCCCUGAGGAGACGAGACGAUCCAUCCUUGGAGGUUCCCGAGAAGAAUUGGGAUCGAUCUGAUCGAUUCACCUCCAGAGGAGAAGACCAAGAGGAGGAUGGGGCGGCUGUUCUUGGUGUCCCUGCCGGCGACGGGCGAGAUCAUCUACCGCUGCAAGCACUGCGACACCCACCUCGCCUACUCCACAGGCAUCAUCUCCAAGUCGUUCCGGUGCAAGCACGGCAAGGCCUACCUCUUCGAAAAGCUCGUGAAUGUGAAUGUUGGGGAGAAGGACGACCGGAUGAUGACCACAGGCCUGCACACCGUCUGCGACAUCUUCUGCGUCGCCUGCGGAUCCAUCCUCGGAUGGAAAUAUUUGGCCGCAUUCGAGAGGAGCCAGCGGUACAAGGAAGGCAAGUUCAUCCUCGAGAGCUGCUGUUCAUCUCUUUCUUCAGUGCAAGGUGGUGGGGGGCCUUCCCCCUGAUGCAGCUCGAGCUCCAGCUCGAGGCGCCCGGGCCCAGUUGUGGGGGGCUGGCGCAAGUGAAAGCGACGAGGAUGCUGCUGCUGCUACCAUGUAACGUAAAGGAAUGUAGUGAUGGAUGCAUCGUCGUCUCGACUGACUGACUAGACAUGCAAGCAUGAUGGGUUGUAAAUAGUUUUUUUUUUCUGUCCUGGCAAUGCAAUCCAUGCUCUUGUUCACAUUC